AUGGACUUCGAUAUAAGUAGCAGGCCUCCGUGCUGGGUUCAGACAGGUGGAACCUUCGACUUUAAUAACGUAGUACCCAACCAGCCCAAUGUUACUAACCUAAGGCUGGAGACGUGCACAACUGCGUCGACAUCUGUACGAACAAUCUUACCGGCGAAAUCUUCCCUUUGUUGGAAAUCGUACCAACAAACUCGCUACAUUGGCUUGCAGCAGAUCAGUCUCAACACCAUCACCGAAUGUCAAAAUUAUUGUUUCAACGAAGUUGCAUGUUACGUAAUGGACUUCGAUAUAAGUAGCAGGCCUCCGUGCUGGGUUCAGACAGGUGGAACCUUCGACUUUAAUAACGUAGUACCCAACCAGCCCAAUGUUACUAACCUAAGGCUGGAGACGUGCACAACUGCGUCGACAACCUUCCCCGCCAAAGCUGGCUUAUGUUGGAAGACCUAUCCACAAACCCUUUAUGUUGGCCUGACACAGACGAACUACGCCAGCAUUAAAGAGUGCCAAGAUUAUUGCUACAGUUUUUCUGCAUGCUACUUAUUUAAUUACGAUACCUCCACCCAACCUCCUUGCUGGGUGCAGACGACUGGAAGCUUCAACGCUAGUAAUGUACUGUCGGGAUUCCCGUCCCUGACCAAUUUCAGAUUAGAAACAUGCACCUCCUCUUCAACUAAAAAAACGAGCCUUCCAUGCGUUCGUGUAUAUUUCGACAAGUCGAGCCCUGGAGCCUCUAGUGUAGCCACCGGACUGACCGCUCUCCAAUGUUUGACCAGCUGCGUAACGACGUCAACGAACUGCGCAGCAGUCGAUUUUGACGUCACGACAGAUUGUUCAUUCCAAUUUUUGAACAACACGUCAUCCUAUGGAGGCAGGCAAGCAAAUCAGAUCAACACAUUGCAGGAAUGUCUCAGGUAUUGCAUCAACACUCCAUCGUGUUUAGCACUUGACUUCAACGUACAAAACGAAUGUUGGAUACACACCGACCUCAGCAUCGUUGUAACCAACCGCAUUGCAAAUUCUCAAGUCACCCAGUUCGUCUUGAAUAGAGUAAACUGCAUCAGUCAACCUUCACAAACCACCUCCGCUAGUAGAACAGCCAGUACAACAAGCAUUUCAACAGCCUGCUUACUGGCAACAUUCCAAAACACCAACUCGUACGGGGGAAUGUUGGUUGACUCCAUCAACAACAGUGUGUCCUGCCUCAACUACUGCCUCAUCACAAUUUCAUGCGUCGGCGCUGACUUCAACACGGCCUCAAACCAGUGCUUCCAACAUACGGAUAAAAAUGCUUUCGAAAACACAAAAAACGUUAAUUCUCCUGGAAUUAUUCAAUUCGUGAAGAAUCCAAACUGCGGUCUCUCAACAUCUCCAGUCAUAGAUUGCUUGAUAGCCACUUACCAGAACACAAACUCGCAAGGCGGAGCUCAAGUUUUUGGAAUCUUCUCGAGUCCGAUAUGUUUGAGCUUCUGUUUGAGCAGGCCAACUUGCGUAGGGGUAGAUUUUGACGUCGUGUUGGGCCAAUGUUUUAUCCACAGCAACAAAUAUCAGUUCGAAACGACGAGGCAAAUGAAUUCAGCCCAAGGAGUCAUUCAAUACGUCAUGUCCACAAACUGCACUGGAGUCACCACUCAGUCCACAACUCGUCCUGUCACUAUGUUUACCUCCAGGCAGCCUCUGUCUUGUGCUCCAAGUUUCAGAAUUUAUUUCAACUCAUCUUCUUCAACAUCAGCUACUCAACAAUCUCAGUUGGACGCUCUCCAAUGCAUGGUCAGUUGUUUCAUCUCGUCACGAACCUGCGUGGCUGUUGACUUCAGUCCUGUCCGAACAUGUUAUAGCUACAACGACCGUGGGCAGGUUGAAUCUGCUAGGAGAACUCUCAACUUCGUCAAUCAAUAUAUCGUUGAUAGGUCCUGCAAUUUGCCAUUGCCAUAUUGUUCGUACCAAUUUUUCAUGAGCACUUCUUCGGUGGGAGCCCAACAAGCCACACAAGCGACAGAUCUGCAGUCUUGUUUGUACCUCUGCAUCGCCACUCCAACUUGUGUAGCAGUUGAUUUCAACGCUCAGAAUCAAUGCUGGUGGCACAGCAGCACCUCCGCCGUCACUAACAACAGGAUGACCAACACUGAUGUGUCCCAGUUCGUGCUGAAUAGAGUGAACUGUGAUGUCCUACCACCGAUUAUUUUUACAAGCUCGUCCUCUUCAGCUCCUGUUUCAAUUUCAACAUCCGCGCCACUAUCGUGUGCCCCAAGCUUCAGGGUUUACUUCAACGCAACAUCGCUUGGAUCAAAUGAUCUUUUGCCGCAACUCGAUGCCGUUCAGUGCAUUACCAACUGCUUCAUAUCGUCAACCACCUGUGCUGCUGUUGAUUUCAAGAUUGGCAGUGGUUGCUGGCGUUUCACGGAUCGCAACCAAGUAGAUGCAACUCGGACAACUAACAAUUUGGUUACUCAGUUCGUGGCUGAAAGAUCUUGUGCUCUGCCUCUUCCGUUUUGUUCGUACCAGUUCUUCGGCGGCACAUCAUCUUACGGAGCCCAACUUGCGCAGCAAAUAAACACACUCCAAGAUUGCCUCUACCUUUGCAUCACCACGACGAACUGCGUGGCAGUUGACUACAACGUUCAGAACCAAUGCUGGCUGCACGACAACUUAACCGUGGUGCUGCAAAACAGGGGUAUCAACACCGAAUCAUCACAACUUGUAUUGAACAGGGUGAACUGUUACGUGGGACCCCCAAUUGUUCAAACUUCAACUCAAAGUGGAAUUGUUACACAACCACAACCCUGUCAACCAAGCUUCAGAAUAUUCUUCAACUCAACAUCCUCUGGAUCAACUGAUUUCCUGCCUCAACUCAACACGACCAUUCAAUGCAUCACCAACUGCUUCAUAACGUCAGCCGCAUGUGCUGCUGUUGAUUUCAGAACUGACAAUCUUGGUUGCUCGAGGUUCACAAAUCGGUUCCAGGUAGAUGCAACUCGAACGGCAAACAACUUUGUUACUCAAUUUGUGGCUGAGAGAUCUUGUGCUCUGCCAUUCUCGUUUUGCUCCUACCAGUUCUACAGUGGCACCUCAUCGUACGGAGCCCAACUGGCCCAGCAAAUAAACAGCCUCCAAGAUUGUCUCUACCUAUGCAUCGUUACUUUGAACUGCGUUGCCCUCGAUUACAACGUACAAAACCAAUGUUGGUGGCACAGUGAUAGGAAUGUGGUCACCAACAACAGAGGCGCCAACCCCGAGUCAUCUCAAUUUGUUUUGAACAGAGUCAACUGUGUUGUCCCUCUAUCCAGUGCUCAAACUACCACAGAAAGCCAAGUUGUCACACAGCCACAACCCUGCGCCCCAAGCUUCAGAGUUUACUUCAACGCAACAUCGCCUGGAUCAAAUGAUCUUUUACCGCAACUCGAUGCCGUUCAGUGCAUCACCAACUGCUUCAUAUCGUCAACCGCCUGUGCUGCCGUUGAUUUCAGGAUUGGCAGUGGUUGCUGGCGGUUCACGGACCGCAACCAAGUAGAUGCAACUCGGACAACUAACAAUUUGGUUACUCAGUUCGUGGCUGAAAGAUCUUGUGCUCUGCCUCUUCCGUUUUGUUCCUACCAGUUCUACAGUGGCACCUCAUCGUACGGAGCCCAACUGGCCCAGCAAAUAAACAGCCUCCAAGAUUGUCUCUACCUAUGCAUCGUUACUUUGAACUGCGUUGCCCUCGAUUACAACGUACAAAACCAAUGUUGGUGGCACAGUGAUAGGAAUGCGGUCACCAACAACAGAGGCGCCAACCCCGAGUCAUCUCAAUUUGUUUUGAACAGAGUCAACUGUCUUGUCACGCCACCUAUUCUUUCAACCACCACUCAGCGCGGAGUUUCAACACAGUCUCAGACAUGCCCGCCAAGUUUUAGAGUUUAUUUCAACUCAACGACGUUUGGAUCUGUGAGCCAGCAGCCGCAAUACAACGCUCUGCAGUGCAUCACCAACUGCUUCAUUGCGUCAACAACGUGUGUGGCUGCUGAGUACAGUGACGCAAUCUGCUCCUUUCAAUUCAACUUCAACGUAUCUUCCUACGGAGCCCAACUUGCUAAUCAAAUAAGCAGUCUACAAGACUGCCUUUACCUAUGCAUCAACACGCCAAAUUGUGUAGCUGUCGACUACAAUAUUCUCAACCAGUGCUGGAUACACAACAAUAUUAACGUUGUCUUGUCUAAUCAAGACACAAAUCCAGACGCAUCUCAAUUCAUACUGAACAGGGUCAACUGUGCCACAGUUUCAGUGGGAACGACUCUCAGCCCUGCCACCACUCCGUCAGUUUUGAGAACAUCAACUCGUCCUUACACUAUCAAUCCUAAUUUCACCUGCGUAGAUUGGGUGAAACUUGUUCAGACCAGAGCAGCCAACCACAUCUACCAAUCACAGUUCAGGGAUUUGAAUUCAUGUUUGAACGGUUGUUACCUGGUGUCCAGGUGUGUGGCCGUCGACGUUGGAGCUUCUAAUAGCGACUGCUACUUCAUCUACGAUGUUAACGAUGAUAAUUACGACCUUUCCUUCACCCAGUACCAAAUUCAGAGACAAUGUUACCAGAAAGGUCCGAUUCCAGGCCAAUGUCAAAACUACCAGCAGAACGUCAAUCAGAAUUCGGUGAAUGGUCGUUUGUACUUCCAGUACACAACGGUACCUGCCUGCAAAGAUCUCUGCUUCAGCAUUCCGACCUGCGUGGCAUUCGACUUCAACACGAACACUGCCGACCCAAACUUCGGUUGCUGGCUGCACUUGGACCAGUACGACCUCGCGAGCAUCAACACCUUCGUCGCCAAUGGUAUCGAUCAAUACAUCUUGAGUAGAGAUUGCACAGGUUCGUGCUUCUACACGUGGAACUUAUACGUGGACAACGGCUUGAGCGGAGGCAUUCCCCAACGAGACACAACAGUUCAGGGGUGCCAACAGAGGUGCAUCAACAACCCAACAUGCACGGGUAUUGACAUCGAUACGAAUCCAAACCACAACUUUUGCUGGCUGCAUUUCACCACCGACCUCUUUCUGUUCCCCACCAGUGGAGUGAGUCAUUAUCAGAUCAGUAGGAGCGCCAGCUGUCCCGAGUCUCCCGGUUGUUACGUGCGUUCACUCAUCAGCAUGAAUGCCGACGGAGGUCAGAGGUAUCCUGACCCCGUAUCCAACGAGACGUGCGCCCUGCAGUGUCUCCAGUUGUAUCCUCAGUGUGUGGCGGCUGACUGGAGCAUCAGUGAUAGGACCUGCUACUUGCAUAACUCUUUCAGCGGUCGCAAGCCAAGUCCAUGUUGCAACAGAUACGAAAUAACCUGCACCUCAACGAACCCAGCAAUCUGCCAGGAUGACUUCAUCGUUCUGCCAUCCUUCUCCCCCAACCUCCAGUACCUCAACUGGCAGAGCAACAUCUUCAACUUGAACGACUGCAAGACUAGCUGCCUAAGCUUCGGGAAGGGAUGCAUCGGUGUGGUCUUUAGCCAGGAAGGAAGGGUCAUUCCAGGUGUUAGCACGUGUUACUUGGUGACAUCUAUCGACGCCAUGAACACUUCGCAGCGAUCCAAUGAUUUUGACUUGUAUUCGAGGAGUUCAUGCGAACCUUACAAUUCGGCUAUGUUGACGAGAACCUGUCUGUUGGAUGUUGUCUUCCUCGUCGAUACCUCAGGUAGCAUCCUGGACAACCAGCCACCCGGCCUCAACAACAUGCAACUCAUCAGAUCGUUCCUUGAAAGUUUCCUUCAGUCCAACCUCAAAGUUGGACCCUUCUUUGACCACAUCGGUCUCAUCACAUUCGACACAAAUGCGCGAAUAGCAUAUGACUUGUGUGACAAUCAAGUACCUUAUUCAAUAAACGCAAGUGGCAUCAUGAAGAUCAGGCAGUCGCUCGGCAUAACGAACACGCCUGCAGCAUACGAUCUAGCGUACGACAUGCUGUUUGGGUCUGGAAGGUGUGGCCGGGCCGCAGCGCAACCAAUCAUCGUUCUCAUCACCGACGGUCACACUUCGCCGGAGUAUCGAGAGUUUUUUGCAGCUAGCUUGGCGAAGCUUGUUUAUACUAGAUCAGUUAGGAUAGCAAUUGGAGUGACUACUGAUGUUAAUCCUGUGGAACUUCAGCAAUUCGAUUCUGAGGAUAUCAGAGGCAUUCCAAUUUUGGACGAUUUUAGUCAGCUGUUCGCCAUGCAGGGAGUCAUCUACAAUUUUAUGGCCCAACGUUGCAACAGGCCAACCGUAGCCACCGUGCCCAUCCCAACCAGAAGUUUUACAAGUUUUAGUGCUUCUACAUCGACAACAACCGCUACUACUACUACUACUACUACUACUACUACUGCUACUGCAACGAUUUCCACUUCCGCCAGACAAAUCAUUUCAACCAUGAGUUAUGCUCAAAAUAACGCGUUUGCCUUCAAUGCCUACUUGACUCAAUCUAUCCAAGGACCUCAGGAAUGGCUGAGGUUUGAUCAGUCGACCCUCUCUCUGUCCAAUUCAUAUCUAUCGAAUGCAAAUGGAUUUGUAAGUCCUGGACCUGAAGGGUUGUUUUUCAUUGAUUUGGGUGCAGCGGUCAGUCCAGGUAGAAAACUACAAAUCGAUUUAAUAGUUGGACCAAAUCAGCAAAGGUUUCUUAAUUGGGAAUCAACUUCUCAAAAUGGACUAAUAACGGUCAGCAGAUUUGCAGUGAUGUACCUGCAGAGUGGUUUGCUUGUUGGAUUCAAAAUGCCGGCAUACGAUUCCUAUCUUCAAAGUGAUUCUUCCACUCGAUAUGGAAGUUUUUCAGGGUUCAGUAUAGCUCAUGCCAUGACCUAUGACGCAAAUCGUUUUGCCCUUGUAGCUGUGCCAAACGUUAAUAGUUUUCCAAUUAUUGGUGAAAAUUAUACCAUUCCACUUCGAUCAGUUGUGUCUUCACUUUCCAAUAAUUUGGUCAACGGAAAUACAUACGUCUGCCCAAUAAAUGGAGUAUAUGUAGUAACGUUCUCUGCUGGGGUCGUCUAUAACAAAAAACUUCAGCUAUCAAUCUCCGGGUUGGAUCCGACAAUCGAUCUUUCGAGACUUGGCACCAACCGAAACGGACUGACGAGUGUUUCGAGAACGUCACUUGUUAAAUGCCAGCAGGGUCAACAAAUUUAUUUCAAACUGUUAUCCGGUCAAAUAGACGACAUCAACCUCACUGCCUUUUCUAUUUUCCAAUACAAACCGCAGUAUGUUUCGGAGCAGAGUUGGGGUGUGUAUAAAUCGUACAAUUCUGACACAAGAGAUAAUUUUCCUCUUGAUCCUUUUUACUUCGACACGCCACUCGUCAAUGACCAGGGUUUGUACGACGGUGGUAAUAACAUCGUGAGGAUACAGAUUUCUGGUUAUUAUUACGUGCAAAUAACGGCCGGAAGUCAAACUGGAUUCAAUGUGCGCAUGAGAUUGGUGAGGGUGGACGGUAGAACUGGAGCACAAAAUGCUCAAGAUUUCAUAUCACAUGGAUCGAUUGUUUUAUUGAGAGCCAAUGAUUUUCUCAAAGUGGUAGCUGACAUUCCAUCUUACCUAUAUAACACCAUCUACGGAUACCAAACAUCAUUCAUUGGAUUCCUUAUAUAUCCUGAAUAAAUUUUAUCUUCCAGUGAUGUUUUUCUUUUAAUUUCAUGUGCGAGAUAUUUAAAUUAUAUUGACGAUAUUUUAUGAUUUUUUCUUUGUUCGUUAAUAUUUCGAGUUACUCAUCCUCUAAAUAUGAUUGCUAAUGUUCUUGGCUUUAGAAUAAUAGCGAUUUUCAGUGAAAAUCGCGCGAACUAACACGAUUUUACUCCGUUAUAUAUUUUAUUCUGACGAAACUCUCAUUUAACCAGCUAAUAUUUUUGUUAUAACGAUCCAACUUGCUCUUCAAUUUAACAUUCAGAUGCGUUAUCUUUACGUUACAAUUUUAAUAAGUUAAAUGCAAUAUGUGUUAAACUUGGUGUUCGUUUAAUCAUUAAUUGAUAUAUAGAUAUGUUAGAUAUUUAUUAUUUCUUACUUUUCAAUUCGUUCUUCUUCAUUCCAACAAUAUCUUUCCGGAUAUAAUAACUUGAACGAGAAAAUUAAUGCUUGACUUCCCAUUUCGAAUUUAAAUCCAUUUUUAAAUUUUCCAUGCGUGAUUGUCUGUUUUUAAAAUUUAAUUAAUUAUUCUUUAUUAAUUAAUUAAAUUAAUAGAGUAAUUCAUUUUUAGCUCUUUCGUUUCGAAAGUGAAAAAUAAAAAAAUGUCCUACCGCGA